GACUAUAGUUGUGUUAUUGUGAUAUUCAAUUUAUAGAAUUGACUAUGUUCUGUUUUUGCUUCAGGUAAACCAAGGUUUUGCUCAUGGCUCGUACUAAGCAGACUGCUCGUAAGUCCACUGGAGGAAAGGCUCCUAGGAAGCAGCUAGCCACCAAGGCUGCCCGUAAGUCUGCUCCCACAACUGGAGGAGUGAAGAAGCCUCACCGUUACCGCCCUGGAACUGUUGCUCUUCGUGAGAUCCGCAAGUACCAGAAGAGCACGGAGCUGCUCAUCAGGAAGCUUCCAUUCCAGAGGCUUGUUAGGGAGAUUGCCCAGGACUUCAAGACUGACCUCCGCUUCCAGAGCCAUGCGGUGCUGGCCCUUCAGGAGGCUGCAGAGGCCUACCUGGUGGGUCUCUUCGAGGAUCCGUGGCGAGAGGGCUUAAGUGAUGCGAAACAUCGCCUCUGCUUCAACUGA